AAUCCCUCUCUUUUUCUUGUCUAACCAAAAAUGCCAUGAUGAUUGUAAUGUUUCUGUUUUGUCGUAAAGUUAAUUUAAUUUGGUUAAAUGUUAUGAAAUUCAGGAAAGUACGAUGAAUUCAUGCUAAACUCAUUCAAAUAUUGUAAAGAGUGCUGUGUGGCAGUGUGAUGGUGUUAUCUAAUAAAAAACCGUAAAAAUCCGUUAUUGAAAAUGUGAUUUGUGCUCUGUUUACAAAUUGUCUAUUUUUGAAAAAAUAUUUUUCUGAUGAAUGGUGAUUAUUUGUGCGUUGAUAAUUUGAGUGUUUCAACUUCUCUAUAAUUUUUCAUUUUUGAGACAUUUCGCUGGAACAAAAACAUUUGUGAUUUUUGAGAGAAUCUAAUCCUGGAAUCCGCUAGAAUCGAGACUAGAUCGUUUGAAAGCGAAAUCAAUCAGACACAAUGAACGGAAUUGCCGGCGAAAUUGUGCGGCACAUCUGAGCGGAAAAGAAUUCACGAAAUUGCUUUAAAAGAGAAUGCCGCAUCAAUACGGGAUGGCCUACAGUCUUCAGUAUCGGAGUGGAGAACGUCGGCUCACCCGUGAAGCGAUGGAACGAUAUUUGAGGGAGCGAAACGACAUGGUCAUCGUUAUCCUGCACGCCAAAGUCGCUCAAAAAUCGUACGGUAACGAAAAACGAUUUUUUUGUCCACCUCCUUGUAUCUAUCUUAACGGAGAAGGCUGGCGUAUGCGCCAAGAACAAUUGAACCGAGACGGUGAUCCUGAACAUCCAACGCAGUUGUGCGCUUUCAUCGGAAUUGGUAACUCAGAUCAGGAUAUGCAGCAAUUGGACUUGAACAAUGGAAAAACGUAUUGCGCUGCCAAAACUUUAUACAUAUCUGAUUCAGACAAACGGAAACAUUUCAUGUUAUCGGUAAAAUUAUUUUACAGUAAUGGACACAGUAUUGGAUUUUUCAACAGUAAACGUAUCAAAGUUAUUUCAAAACCUUCUAAAAAGAAACAGUCGUUGAAAAACGCCGAUCUGUGUAUCGCCAGUGGAACCAAAGUAGCAUUAUUUAAUAGAUUACGCUCGCAGACAGUGAGCACGCGGUAUUUGCACGUUGAAAAUAAUAAUUUUCACGCCAGUUCUACCCAGUGGGGAGCGUUUACGAUGUAUCUUUUGGACGACGACGAAAGCGAAAGUGAGGAAUUCGUUGUAAGGGAUGGAUACGUGCAUUACGGUAGCACAGUAAAAUUAGUUUGUAGCGAUACCGGUAUGACUUUACCGAGAUUAAUUAUUCGAAAAGUGGACAAACAGAUGGCAUUACUUGAAGCCGACGAUCCGGUCUCGCAAUUGCAUAAAUGCGCAUUUUACAUGAAGGAUACAGAACGCAUGUACUUGUGUUUAUCUCAAGAACGAAUUAUUCAAUUUCAAUCGACACCCUGUCCGACUGAAACGAACAAAGAAAUGAUCAAUGACGGAGCUUGUUGGACCAUAAUUAGUACCGAUAAAGCCGAGUAUCAAUUUUACGAAGGUAUGGGUCCAGUCAAAUCACCGGUCACUCCGGUACCCAUCGUGAAUAAUUUGAAUUUAAAUGGUGGUGGCGAAGUAGCCAUGUUAGAACUAUCGGGGGAAAAUUUCAGCCCUUAUUUAAAAGUAUGGUUCGGCGAAGUCGAAUCGGAAACUAUUUACCAGUGUCUGGAAAGUAUGCUGUGCGUUGUACCAGACAUAUCUUCGUUCAGAGGAGAAUGGUUAUGGAUCCGGCAACCUACGCAAGUUCCCAUAUCGUUGGUUCGAGAUGAUGGUAUUAUCUACGCUACUGGCCUCACAUUUACUUAUACUCCAGAAACUGUGCCUAGAUCUUUAUGUCCGCAACCCGACAAUAUCAUCAGGCAUAAUCAUUCAGAUCGUAUUAAUGAAGAUAUCCAUUGGCCUCAAAACGCAGGAUUAUAACGUUUAUGUAAGGGCGUACAACGCCUAAAUUUUAAAUUUAUCGAUGGGAUCAAAAAUAUAAUCCGACGCGUUAUCUUUAAAAUGGAUAUUUUCUUUUCAAAAGUAAAGUGAGACUUUUUUUUUUAUUGUUUUCUUGAUGAAAGAACCCUUUCACUUUUGAAUGCCUGUAUUUAUUUUUUCAAACUGCUGAAUGUAGUUUUAUUAUUAACGAAUGUAAAGCAUUGAAAUCCCAUUCGAUCCAAAUGUAUUUUAUUAUUUUCAAAUUCCAUGCUAGUCUUUUACAAAUUGUACUUAUUUAUUCUGAACAUAUUUUUCGAGUGAUGUUUUCAUAAAAAUUGUAAAAAUAUUUCUUAUGUUUUUAUAUUACUUUUUUUUCAUCGUUGAUUUCGAUUUGAAAGUAUUUCGUAUCGUGUACAUCGAAUCAUAUGUAUUUUGUAAUUGUAAUCAAUGGUAUAAUUUCAAGAGGACUUUAAAAAUCUUGUUAGAGGAGUUUUGUUUUCUGUGAUUUUUAAUUACAUAGGUAGUAUUUAUAUGCCUGUAAGUUUUGUAGCAUUCGAUUUUCAAUUAUGUUCUCGUAUUGAAUUAUUUACGCUUUUAAAGUGCCCGCCUGUAAACAUAUUAAUCCCGGAGAUUUUCAGGACAAGAUAUUUUUUUUCAUUGUAGAUAAUUUUUUAAUUUUGCAUUUCUAACUAGAAACGUGUCAUACUAUUGUUAAUGUGAGAUUGUGUGUAUAAUGGGAAAAUAAAUAAAUUUUUUCUAUUCUA